UGCGCAUGCGCAGCCCCCCUCUACCAGAGGUUACGCUGUCGAGCGAUGGCAGCUACACGUGAGGGGUUGAAUAGUGCGCGUUACUGUUAGAGGCACCAUGACCCACUUCUUCUGUCGUACGUAGACAGUUACCGACAGCUCGGCUGCAGUGUCGCUUUUUCGCUCUUUUAUUGUCUUUCGUUCAGCCGCCUGCUUGAAAAAAAACCACGCGCAGCUCUAAGAAAUGCAGAGAAUAAGGUCUCUGAAAGCUGGCUGGCAACUGCUGAAGUCGAGCUGCGGAGGAGCAGCAAAACAAGUAAACACCUCGGCGUCGACCUCACGAGAUUACAGCCACGUCCCUCCCCGGGGCCCCGGCUCCUUCGGGCUCCUCUUCGACAUCGAUGGGGUGCUGGUGCGGGGCAGGACGCUGAUCCCUGAAGCCAAGCAGUGCUUUAGGAACCUGGUGGACCGUGAUGGGAAGUACAAGGUGCCCGUGGUAUUUGUCACAAACGCAGGCAACUGCAUGAGGCAGAACAAGGCCGAGCAUCUGUCCCAUUUGCUGGAGGUGGAGGUGUCUCCGGAUCAGGUGGUGCUGUCCCAUAGUCCUUUGCGAAUGUUCACCCAGUUCCACAAAAUGCGUGUUCUGGUGUCCGGACAGGGCCCUAUCGUGGAGGUCGCACACAACCUGGGCUUUCAGGACGUCGUUACCAUAGAUAUGCUCCGAGAGGCGUACGCUCUUCUAGACGUCGUGGAUCACGCCAGAAGGCCCAAAGACGGUAUUCCCUCCACCAAAGGCUUACCACCAAUAGACGCGGUCAUUUUAUUUGGUGAGCCAAUCAGAUGGGAGACCAACCUCCAGCUUAUUGUUGACGUGCUCCAUACAAACGGGAGACCGGGCGACGCCUGGAGCACCAUGCGGUACCCUCACAUCCCGGUGCUGGCCUGUAACAUGGACCUGCUGUGGAUGGCCGAGGCGAAGAACCCCAGGUUUGGACACGGCAUGUUCCUGGUGUGCUUAGAGAGCCUGUACAAGAAGGCCACAGGCUACGACCUGAAGUACGAGGCUCUGAUCGGUAAACCCAGUGUGGUGACGUAUAACUACGCUGAGCUGCUGGUCAGUCAGCAGGCUGAGAGGCUCGGCUGGACCACGCCUGUGAAGAGACUCUAUGCAAUAGGAGAUAACCCCAUGUCUGACAUAUACGGCGCCAACCUCUACAACCACUACCUCCAGGCUUCCCAGCGCACCAAGGCCCAGAUGAAGGCUGAGGGUGGCGCAGGAGGCGUAGACGGCCCAGAAAUGACUACGGCAGAGCUGGGCGGAGGAUCGGUCGUGUUGGGGGCGGGGGAGGACCUCCCAGAGGGGUGCAGCUCCAUCCUGGUGUGCACGGGCGUGUACAGCAGAGACCAGCAGGAGGUGCCCUCGCAGCAUGCAGUCGGCGAGCGGCGCGUCUUCCACGGGCACAGGGACUUCCGCUUUGACCCCGGCCUCACGCAGCCCUCCUUCGUGGUGGAGGAUGUGAAGGAGGCGGUGGAGCUGGUGUUUCAGCAGGAAGGCUGGCCCCUGGAGUAGGACUUCUUAAAGAUCUACGCUGCUGGUUUUCACAGGGUUCAGUGGCGUUGUUCCUCGAUGCGUUUGCCAUAGAAUCAGCAGCGAAAAUCCCAAAAGGUUACGCCUGUUUUUAGUCCAUCGUACAUGGUAUUUGGUCACAGACUGCUGCACUAUUUUUAUUAUUGUACACACAAAAGGCCCCUACCUAAUACCCUUAAACUGUAUGUCAACAACUCAAGUUUAUCAAGACGGACAUCGUGUCCUUUCCUGCCUUUGUACGGCGCUGCCUUCUCUCUUUUUUGAAUGCACUGAAGUCUAAGCGUUGAGUUACAUGCAUUUUUAAGACAAUCAGAUUAUUAUAGUAUUAGAUUAUAUAUUAUUAUAGUAUCUAUGUGGAUGAGACACAUAGUUCAAAGUUAAACUGGAGGACAUUGGCAUGAAUGCAAGAAGAGCUCUAUUGAAGAAACACCUGAUGGUUUGCACAGCCGUCUACCCAACUGGGUUAUUUCCCCUUCAGAAAUAAAAGACACAAAAACUUGUCAAGUGAAAAA